AGAGUCCGGAGCGGUAGGAUAUUUAGUCUAUCUCUUCCAGCGCAGAACUCGCCAGUGCUCAUCAUUUGCUCCGAGUUGUACAGCAGCACAUAUUUCGUUUUGUAGGACUAUACAGAAAAGAAGUGUUAACGCAAUCAUCCGUCUGUGCUCUUCAAUUUAAUAUCGCUCGCUAAAAUUCGUUUUUACAGCUGUUGUAAUCGCCAUUGACACGCGAUUUCGACAUUUUUUUGUAUAUGGUGAAAUUCCAGUGCCAACCGUUAUUUGAGAAAUUGUCGCUAAAACCGUCCAGUGUUUUGGAAUUACAAUUGGCCGUUGGUGUGUGAUAUGGCUUCCAUCGAGACCAGUUUCUUCGUCGCUUGUGCCGUUCUACUAUUAUUCGCGUGUACGGGGCCCGUGUUGGCAUCGGAAAACGACGUCGACGACACCAACAGACGAGUAGUCCUAGUGGGAACGAAUUUAAAACUGCCGUGUUCUCCGACAGGCGCAGAAGAUAUAUUGGAGUAUUUCACCUGGAGUAAAAAUGGUGUACUGCUGCCUGACCACUCGUCGACCGCCCUUCAGUCUCGUUUUAUUAUCCAGAGUGAUUUUUCUCUCCUAAUUGUACGAAUUUCUGAGGAUGACGAAGGAAACUAUUCGUGCAGCAUUCAGUCGCAUCCUCCGCGGACCACCAGUUACAACGUCCAAGUCGAAGUUCCUGCCGCCAUCGAUGAGCUACUCCAUCACGGCGCCGACUCGCCUCACCACCAGCUGCGUGAAGGAGGAGAUUUGGAUCUCGUUUGCAUGGCCACUGGUCGUCCCAUGCCGACCGUCACAUGGAAGUAUCAAGGAAGAGUACUCAGCGCCGAAGAGUCGAUUGUCGAUGUUAAUCAAAAAGUAUCCAGCGUCCAUCGGAUCGUCGGGGCCCGCAAAGUGGACGCCGGAGCUUACAUCUGCGAGGCGGAUAACGGUGUCGACCUACCGGCGGUGGCUACUUUCGUCGUCGAGAUUUCUCACGCUCCGGAAAUUGUCGUGGAACAUAGUUGGGUGCACACCGGAUUGGGUUCACUCACCGAACUGGCCUGCACCGUCUACGCGCAUCCAGCGGCUCAGGUAACGUGGUUCCGGUCAGUUGAAAGCGUCGGGAACAAUGAAGGUAGUACUGGAAGAAAGCACCUACAAGUCAUUCCAUCGAACCGGGUUGGCACCUUGGUGAUGUCUAACGGCCUGAAGCACGUGCUGCGUUUCAAGAGCGUUCAAGACUCGGAUUUGGGCAUCUACACCUGCAAGGCGGAGAAUCCUCACGGACAAGCGGAAGCCGCCAUCGAAAUGUCCGGUAAAGCAAUGGCCGCCGUCCUGUGGAUAUCGCCUCCUCGCGGAGCAAGUAAAUUGAUCGACUCUGAACAACAGGAGGACGACGAGAUCAAAGCAGGACGUCGCAUCGGCUACCGAUUGACGUGGGACGCGGUCAGCCUAAGUCCAAUCUACGAGUAUCGAUUGUGGCUAAGACCUCGCGGCCAACCGGAGAUUAGCUGGGUCAAUCUGAUCAUUCCGUCCAAUUCAUCGAUCGGCUCCUCUUCUCCCUCGUUACACAGCCACGGUUACGAGCUCUCCGAUUUGGCCACCGGAAUUGUCUACCAGGUGAGCGUCCAGUCUCGCAACCGCUUCGGCUGGAGCGCCGAGUCCAACACGGUCAACCUCUCCGGCGGAGAAGAUCCGGAAGUGACCGACUACGACAAUUCGGACAUCACGUCGAGCAGUAGCGCCAACAUCAUUCCAGUUGAGCAAUCUAGCGGUACUGCUCCUGAAACUACUUCAACAACUACUACCACGACCACUAUAGCCCCUACCACCACCACGACCACUACAACAACAACAACAGCAACAACAACAACAACAACAACUGCUGCUGCUAGCACCACUGUCCCCGUCAUCAUAACUAGCGAUGCGAGUUCGACUUUCGAUGAGAAUGAAUCCACCAUUGAGUCUAACGUUGAAGUGACGGAAACGGAAGAAACGACCGAAGAUAAUCAAUCGACUCUGCCCGCCUUAGUCAUCGAUGCCGUAUCGGUCGAUCAGCACGGGACUCACGAAGAAGUCGAGACCAGCCCCACCACGGAAAUCUCCACUUCGCCCACUCAAUUGCCUUCUCAAUCACCUACUGACGGUGACUUAUGCCCGCCAGGCGAUCAAGAUUGCGGCGAUGAUCAGCCGAGCUCCUCCAAGGACCCGGAGAAUUUGCCGUCGUCGAUUGUGAGUCCGGGAAACAGUGCCAGCAGUUGCUCACGACCGUGGCUAACAACCUCAGCGUCGGUCGUCCUGUGUUGGAUGGCUCGCCUCGUCAGUUCUUCAUUGGUGGUUUGAAGAUAUUCCAGAAAAUGAACAAGCGCACGAUAGAUGGCUCUCUCAAGUCUUUCCCCCAUUUUCUUUUUUUCUAUCAUAAGACUUUUCCACCUUCGACUAAUCAUUUCUCUUUGAAACCUUCUCGAUAAACUCUUCUUUUUUUCCUCACUCACACACAUUUACGGGGGAGAAAAAAACAAACAUUCAUUCCGCUCGACGAGAGGUAAGGAAACAAUAACCGUCAAGCAGAUGCUGUUGUCGACGAGCUCCAGAGCUUAGAGUAGAGAGAGAGAGAGAGAGAAAAAAGACAUGAAAAGCCCGCACGUGCCCCUUCUCGCCCCCACUGCCUUUUCGUCCCUUUACCCAGUAUACACAAAAACCCCAUCACUGGAUAACACACUAAAAAAUCCACUAUUUUUAGACUCUGGAUAUUUCUUUUUCUUUCUCUUUCUAACAAACAAGAAACGACAGACUCUCCUUCCAUAUCUCUCCCCCACCAACACCCUAGCUCUCAAUCUGCGACGUGUACACACAUCACCCGACAACAAACAAAACCGAAUGUCCCCCUUUUUUAUAUUUUUUAACUAUCAGAAAAUUGUUGUAGCAAAGCGCGCAACCGCGUUGAUCGAUUCUCUUAGUCUCUCUCUGGAACAAAAACAAAAAAAGGUUAAUUGUUUUCUUUUUUUUUUUUUAAUUAUUAUUAUUGGAUUGGAGGGAAAUGAUUUGAAAUAAUCGGCUAAGGAGAAAACCCGAAAGAAAAUGAAAGCGUAGCUUUUUUUUUAGAGUGUACAAACGACGCGUGAGCGCGUGAGUUGAACAAACGGGGAUAGGUGUUGCUUAUUGUAUGUGCUGUGGUUUAUUUUUUAGAAAUUAAUAAUUUUUUGACAAAAUAAGAACCGAAUAAUAACGUUGAACCAGUCAACCCACGUGUUAGAUUCUCUCUCGGCGCGCGCUCGAUGUUGUUGGCAAAAGUUGUCAAAUUCAACUUCCU